AUGUCCCCAUAUGCACUAGUGUAUAGGAAGGCUUGUCACCUUCCGUUAGAAUUGGAACACAAGGUGCAAUGGGCCCUAAAGAAGCUGAAUUUGGAUCUACCAAGCACAGGAGAGGCAAGAAAACUUCAAUUGAAUGAGCUAGCUGAAUGGCGAACUACCGCAUAUGAAAACACCAAGCUCUAUAAGAAGCAGACGAAAAGAUGGCAUGAUAGUAGGAUCUGUAAGAAAGAUUUAGCUAUUGGUCAAAGAGUUUUGCUAUUUAACUCCCACCUUCAUCUUUUCCUAAGUAAACUAAAGUCAUGGUGGUCUGGACCUUUUAUUGUGAAAGGAGUUUUCCCUCAUGGUGCAGUUGAAUUAUCAAGUGAGGAUGGGGGCAAUAUGUUCAAGGUCAAUGGUCAACGAGUAAAGCCUUACUAUGGAGGCAUGGUGAAUCGCGUCAAGGAAACCAUUGACCUAGCCGGGCAAGCCUGA